AUGCCCAAUCAACUAUCGAUUCCUUUUAAACAGACGUUACCGGUCCAAAUCAAGGAGGCGGUUCAGUCAUACAUUGAAUUUAACCACUCAGAAUCACACCCUGACGCAUUCAGAUGGGAUAUAUCACGGUGGGAGGAACUUAGGAAAGAUGGAGUAGGAGGCUACGUACACGUUAAUCGGGUCGAUGCUACACUUCUGUAUCAUGCACAUCUCGUUUUACUCCUUACCAAAUUUCCUGCUAAUAUAGGAUUGACCGUUAUAUACGAACCAGCGUUUCCAUCGCUAAUGCGACGGGUCUGUUCAGUCGAAGAUCUCACGUUUGAACGUGCCUGCGUUCUAUUCAAUCUUGCGGCUCUAUAUUCUCAGCUUGGAACAGCCGCCGGUAGGAGCACUACAGAAAGCAUCAAAAUUGUGGCUGCACACUUUCAGAAUGCUGCAGGCGUGCUACAAUACCUAUCGAAGGAAGUUAUUUCCACUUUGGCAUCCUCUCUGGGUCAAGCAGCCCCUGUUCCAUCAGAGCUGUUAGAGCCAUCUCUCAAAUCUUUGGAAUAUCUUAUGCUUGCGCAAGCUCAAGAAUGCUACUGGCAAAAAGCAUCUAUGGAAGAAAACUACAAGGACGGGACGCUAGCCAAACUUGCCAAACAGGUCGCUGUCCACUAUGAAAGUGCAAUAUCAGCUGCAGCAACCGUCUCUCCUUCGUCAUUUCCCCAAGAGUGGGUAAACCACCUGACCUUGAAGAAGCACCACUUUGAAGGCGUAGCUCAGUAUAGACAAAGUCGGAGCGAUCUUCUAUCCCAUAAGUAUGGCGUUGAACUGGGUCGAUUGAGGAUCGCCCAAAACGAGGUCAAGCAAGGCCUUGAGCGAGCAUCCAAGGGCGUCGCAAAGGCGGUAAUAGACGAUGUCAAGAGUCUGGCCAAAGCCCUGGAGGCUAACUUUAGCCGUGCACAGAAAGAUAAUGACCUUAUAUACCACCAGAACGUCCCGCCCGAGUCAACCAUUGAACCUAUCACAGGCGUGAACAUGGUGAACAGCGUGAUUGACAAUAAGCUGAAGGACCCCUCCUUGGUGAUUGGCAAUACAGAUAAUGCUCUUUUCACUGGACUCGUUUCGCAUGGUGUAAGGAUGGCUAUUGAGGUGUAUAUCGAUAGGAGAGACAACUGGAUCAAGGAGGAGGUCGAAGGAAUUGUCAAGCAGAUGGACGCGGACGUCACCAGGCUUUUGCAGCGACUAAACCUACCUGGCUCCCUUGAUGCACUCGACAAGCCGGCUGGUCUACCCUCAAGUCUCCUGCGUCGAUCUGAAGAGAUUCGAUCGAUGGGUGGAACAGACGCGCUACAAGCCUUGGUUGACGAAGUUCAAACACUGGGAAGGUCUGCCAGUGGAAUUCUCGAAGAGGCUUCGACUGGCCUCACGUAUCAAAGCGUCAAUCUAUCACAGCCCACGGCGCCUGGUCCUGUCAAGUCGACAGAGUUUAAUCUAGCUAACAAAGCAUUUGAUAUACUUGACAAUGAGGCAUCAGAAGAUGAGACCUUCUUUGCCCAAUUACCUGAGGAUGGGGCACAAAUCGCGACGCAAUCUGGCUACUUUGCAUCCCACAUAGCCAACAAGAGCUUGACCGCAAAGGCCGACAGCUACAGGCAGAUUCUUGAUAAUGCUGCGUCCAGUGACGCGACCGUCAGAAACAAAUGGGAAGAAUGGGAGGAGAAUGUCACCGUCUUAUGCUCCAACCCGGACGAGAUGGAAAGUAUGGUACCCUCCCAUGCAACUAGCCAAUCCACUCAGUCCGCUCAGGCGCAUACAUACGCACGUGCUAUACGCGCCGCAUUGGAGGACCUUGAUGAUCUUCGAAACACCCGCGCACGAUGCGUCGAGUCCGCGCGACAGCGUGCUGGUACAGACGAUAUCAAACCUCGUAUUGUACGCGAGGCCGCAGGGUUGGCGCGCUGGAUAGAAGUAAAGCCAGCGAUGUUUGAGUCCACGAUGGAAGAAGAAUUGGGUAAAUUUGAUCGGUACAAGGAGAGCGUGGAAGAGGGUAGGACAAAGCAGGAGGAGCUCCUGAUCAAAGUAGAGCAAUUGAAUCAACUCCUUAUCCAAUCACGGACUGACGACCCAGUACUAAAGCAGCGAGAGGCUGCCCUGCAGUCCCUCGAUUUGGCAUAUCAUCGUUACCUCGAGGUACUAUCUAACGUGACCGAGGGAUCUAAGUUCUAUACUGAUUUUUCGGCACAUUUGAACGCAUUUCAAGAUGAAUGUGCUCGUUGGAGUGAACUACGCCAUCGCCAACGCGGGGAGCUUUUGGAGCUACUAAAUCAACUAGCUCGCGCGACGAAAAAGUCAAAAUCUAAACUGCGUGCCGAUGCGGGCGAUAAGGGGGAGCCGAUUGAAUCUCCACCUUACCCCGCUGUAUCGUCACAGCAAAUAACCUCGACACAGCCGGGGUCUGAAGUUAUCGAGCAAUCUAGCCAGAAGGCUUUGGAACACCCAGCGUCUCCCAUCGCUACACUCUCGCGUCCUGUUUCCCCCCAUCCACCUCCGGUCGCACUUCAAUCUACCCCAAAGGGGUUCGCGUUACCAGCUCCCAACUCGUCUGAAUGGGAAGCUGUAGACUUACCUCCUCCGCCUAGUGCUAGAAAAUCCGCCCGAUCCAAAGCAGCAGAAGAAGCAUCAACUCCAAGGCGAAAGACCCGGUCUAAGACUGUAGCUGAAUGA